GUUGUCACCAUCACUGUACCGAACCUGUGGUAGGUAACUAUAGUUACCCACCGCCAACAUGGCCGCCACCGAUCCAGGCAUGUAAAAGGCGCUUGACUGACAAUAUCCUUUGGAUAUUAUUGAUGGGCGCUCCCAAGUUCACCGAGGCAGGCUAACCUUUCACCCAUAUCCCAAGCCCCGGUGUACGCCGAACCCGCCCGACUUCAUACCAACCAACACCGGACCCGUCCGACUUCAUACCGACCAACACCGGACAUGUCCGACGUCAUACCAACCAACACCGGACCCGCCCGACUUCAUACCGACCAACACCAGACAUGUCCGACGUCAUACCAACCAACACCGGACCCGCCCGACUUUAUACCGACCAACACCGAACCCGUCAGACUUUAUACCGACCAACACCGAACCCGUCAGACUUUAUACCGACCAACACCGGACAUGUCCGACUACAUACCGACCAACACCGGACCCGUCCGACUUCAUACCGACCAACACCGGACCCGUCCGACUUCAUACCGAUCAACACCGGACCCGUCCGACGUCAUACCGACCAACACCGGACCCGUCCAACUUCAUACCGACCAACACCGGACCCGUCAGACGUCAUACCAACCAACACCGGACCCGUCCGACUUCAUACCGUCCAACACCGGACCCGUCCGACUUCAUACCAACUAACACCGGACCCGUCCAACUUCAUACCGACCAACACUGGACCCGUCCGACUUUAUACCAACCAACACCGGACCCGUCCGACGUCAAACCAACCAACACCGGACCCGCCCGAUUUCAUACCUACAAACAUCAGACAUGUCCGAGGUCAUACCGACAAACAACGACCCGUACCGACCAACACCGGACCCAUCCGACGUCAUACCAACAAACACCUGACCCGUUGGACGUCAUACCAACAAACACCGGACCCGUCCGACUUCAUACCAACCAACACCGGACAUGUCCGACUUCAUACCGACCAACACCGGACCCGUCCGACGUCAUACCAACCAACACCGGACCCGUCCAACUUCAUACCGACCAACACCGGACCCGUCCGACUUCAUACCAAAAAACACCGGACCCGUCCAACUUCAUACCGACCAACACCGGACCCGUCCGACUUCAUACCGACCAACACCGGACCCGUCCAACUUCAUACCGACCAACACCGGACCCGUCCGACUUCAUACCGACCAACACCGGACACAUCCGACGUCAUACCAACCAACACCGGACCCGUCCGACUUCAUACCAACCAACACCGGACCCGUCCAACUUCAUACCGACCAACACCGGGCCCGUCCGACUUCAUACCGACCAACACCGGACAUGUCCGACUUCAUACCAACCAACACCGGACCCGUCCAACUUCAUACCGACCAACACCGGACCCGUCAGACUUUAUACCGACCAACACCGGACCCGUCCGACUUUAUACCGACCAACACCGAACCCGUCAGACUUUAUACCGACCAACACCGGACCCGUCCGACUUCAUACCUACCAACACCGGACCCGUCCGACUUCAUACCGACCAACACCGGACAUGUCCGACUUGAUACCGACCAACACCGGACCCGCCCGACUUCAUACCGACCAACACCGGACCCGUCCGACUUCAUACCGACCAACACCGGACCCGUCCGACUUCAUACCGACCAACACAGGACCCGUCCGACUUUAUACCAACCAACACCGGACUCGUCCGACUUUAUACCGACCAACACCGGACACGUCCGACGUCAUACCAACCAACACCGGACACGUCCGACUUCAUACCAACGAACAUCGAUCCUAUCAUCUUCAGUCUACCUAACAUCGAAUUUGAAUCUUUAAAAUUUGGCUAUAUAUAUGGAAGCUUUUCGGAAAAGAGUCCAAGGUCAUUAGGUUAUUUUGUAUAAGGAGUUCAUUUUAUAGAUUUUAAUGACACUUGUACAAAAGCAUCUAUACAUAUGUUCUUCUGAAUUAGCGUAUUGAUGGAAUUUCUUUGUUGCUAAAUCCCAUUUUGCGUUUUACGACGUUUUCACAUUAUCACGUGUUUCAAUUUGCGUACUUACGUAUAUUACGUUAAUUAUAGGAGUUCGUAAGCCCAUGUUGUACCUGGUAGACCCGUUAAUCUUAAUAUGGUCCCCCGAGCCGAAAACUAGGGAACGUUAUAAGUUUUUAUCUUAUCAUAUUUAUUUUUUUUUCUAAUUUGAACCACGUGAUCAUUGAUUAUCACCAAUAUAUUUGAAUGGAAUACCUAAUGUCCAAAUAUGAUGGCACCCAGUAUAAUACAAUACCAAACCAAAUGCACAGCUAUUGUAUAGGCAAAUAAAAGGUUAGAGUCAUGGGGAAUGCGAACCGUGUCCUGACAAAAACGAGUUAUAUUCAGUCGACGGGAGGUAACUCGGGUUAUAAACUGUGAUUCAUUAAUAUUAUAUAAUACAAAGUCAUGUCCAAAGAACGAUAACUCCCACAGCAAUGGCGGAAUUCUUGAAAAUCGGUCGGUAUUGCUAUUACCUAGUUAUAGGUAUGAUGAUAAAUAGUUGCUGCAAAACAAUCAUUAAUAUCUUUUAAUUACGAUGAUGAGAGUGAAAACAAAAUAAGUUGAGACCUUUUUAAUUUAACAUUUUAACCUGAGAGGCGUUUUCCUGAAGACUGGACAUAUAUUUUAACAUGAAUAUCGUAGACCCUAGGAUUUCAAUUAUACAAUUUUCACCAGUUUUCUGUUAAGAUAGGUUUUGU